AUGAGCACAGUCGGUAAGCCCAUCACCUGUAACGCUGCUGUUUGUUGGGGGGCUGGCCAGCCCCUCAAGGUCGAGGAAGUUGAGGUUGCACCUCCGAGGGCUCACGAAGUUCGCAUUAAGAUUUUGUACACUGGUGUAUGUCAUACCGAUGAGUACACUCGCAGUGGCAAGGAUCCUGAGGGUCUCUUCCCCGUGAUCCUUGGUCAUGAAGGUGGAGGCGUGGUUGAAUCGGUUGGUGAGGGUGUCACAAGCGUGUCGGUUGGCGACCACGUUAUCCCGCUUUACACUGCUGAGUGCCGCGAAUGUAAAUUCUGCAAAAGCGGGAAGACCAACCUGUGUGGAAAAGUGAGAACAACCCAAGGCCAGGGUCUCAUGCCUGAUAGCACGAGUCGCUUCACGUGCAAGGGCCAGCCAGUCCACCACUUCAUGGGAACUUCAACGUUCUCGCAGUACACCGUGGUGGCAGAGGUUUCUGUCGUCGCUGUGAACAAGUCCGCGCCUCUUGAGAAGGUUUGCCUUCUUGGCUGUGGCAUUACCACCGCGUGGGGCGCAGUUGUGAAGCAGGAAGGCAUCAAGGGGUCCAAUGUCGCUGUCUUCGGAUGCGGUGCCAUCGGUCUCGGUGUCCUCUCAACCGCGUCGGUUGUCGGUGCCUCCCGCAUCAUCGCUGUCGAUACGAACCCCGCGAAAGAGUCGUGGGCAAGGAAAAUGGGUGCUACCGAAUUUGUCAACCCUGCAACGCUCCCAGAGGGCAAGCGCAUCCAGGAUUACCUAGUCGAGAUCACCGAUGGCGGCUUGGACUUCACCUUCGACGCUACUGGCAAUGUACAUGUCAUGCGCGCUGCUUUAGAGGCGUGCCACAAGGGCUGGGGUGUGUCCACCGUUAUUGGUGUUGCGGCUGCUGGUCAGGAGAUAUCAACGCGUCCGUUCCAACUGGUUACUGGUCGCACAUGGCGUGGAACUGCGUUCGGGGGAGUGAAGGGUCGGACUGAGCUCCCUGGUCUCGUCGAAGACUACUUGCAAGGCAAGCUCAAGAUCGAUGAAUACGUCACCCACCACCGCAAAUUUGCGGAAAUCAACGAGGGCUUCCAUGACAUGCACGCUGGUGACUGUAUCCGCUGUGUUGUCGACAUGACGGAGUAA